GUUUGGGAAGAAGCCAUGGCCUCGGCAGCAGCUCCGCUCCUGUCCGGACAGCGAAGCCUCGUCCAGCGGCAGCUCUUGGAUGUCGGUGCCCAGCUGGGUCAGGGCUUCAGUCUGCAGCAGCCCCAGACCAAGGUGUCAGUGGCAGUGGGGGAGACGCUCACCCUCAGGUGCACCACAUCAGGAAUCGCUGGACCAGGUCCUGUGAAGUGGCUGAAGGGCUGGGACAGUGGGAACAAGACCAUCUAUGACCAGACAACAAAGGAUCCCUCCUCCCGUGUGAUGAGAGCAAUGACUGAGUCCAACACAGACUUCACCAUCCACAUCAGGAGCGUUCAGCCUGAUGAUGCUGCCACCUACUACUGCGUGAAGUUUGUCAAGUCAGACAGUGGUGUGGAUGAGGUGUUUCAGCGUGGCAGUGGCACAGAGGUGUCUGUGCAUGAGAGAGCCCUGGUUUCCAGAACGGGGGCUGUAGCUGUAGUGCUCUGCUUCCUCCUCCUCCUUCUCCUCGGCCUCUUCGUCGCCCUUUGCGUGUACAGGAGGAAGCGCCAAGGCGGGCUGGGCAGCCCGUGCCCGGCCAGGACAGUGGCCAUGGGCAGCUUCUCGUCCGUCCCUCUGCGGUGCUGCACAGGGACCCCCGGCACACCCAGUGAAGUCCUGGAGGCAGAGAGCUCCCACCUGCCCAGCCAGCAGAGCAGCAAGGAGGAGAACGACAUCCACUACGCCGACCUGCAGCCCCUGCCCCCGGCCCCGCGGCGCGGCAGGAGCCCGGGCACAGCCCUCACCGAGUACGCCAGCCUCAGGGUAGCUGCCAAGUGACACGUGGCACCGCUGCCUGCGCGGCCAGGCCGUGUCAGCGUGGAAGAAGGGACAUUUCUGCAGGGCACAAUAAAGGAGAAGUGGAGCUGUUUGCACGGCACACCCCCAUCUCAGCUCGGCACACUGUGCUCGCCAUGCUUGCAUCUCAGGAGCUCUCCCAGGACCUGGAACCAUCUCGAUCACAGGAUCAGACCACGAAGCCAAGCACCUCUGCCUUGUGCAAGCUGUUUGGUGCUGAUGACACCAGGAGGACCUCACACACACCUGUGUGCACCAGCAUGGGCCUCCACUGGCCCUUUCUCAGCCCGCAGGUCCAUAAUUGGUGUUAUCUUUUCACCAUCCUCAUUAAAGCCAGCAAACAGC